AUGCUCCCGCCGUGCAAUGUGUCAUCAUAUAACAGUUGGACGCGUUUGCCAAAUCCAGAUCAAAUUACUGUUCAGCGAACGGACAUUUCACUCCUUGUCGCACUCACACCAACUGGGUCAAAUCACAGCUCCCUGUUGUCCAGUAACGUCUGCCAUCUGCGGUCUUGCCCAAAAGUCUAUCGCUUUGCGGCUACAGACGGUCCCAUUGGUGUGCGACAAAACGCGUAGAUCGCGACGAUGGUUCGCACGACUCCCGUCAAAACUCCUACUCGGAGCAAAGCUCCGGUAAAACGGACUCCCGCGACCAAGGGAAAAUUGGCGAAAAAAUCCAGUUCACGGACGGCACCGCCACCUCCACCCAGACCCCAUCGCUAUCGUCCGGGAACCGUUGCCCUUCGUGAAAUCAGGAAAUAUCAAAAAUCUACCGAGUUGCUCCUUCGCAAGCUUCCCUUUGCUCGUCUUGUGAAAGAAGUUUCUGCUGACUUGUCGACCAUGGAGUAUUCGGGAGGUCAACCACCUCGUUGGCAGGCUACUGCUAUUCUCGCUUUGCAGGAAGCCGCUGAGGCUUUCAUGGUUCACUUAUUUGAAGAUGCUAAUUUGUGCGCAAUUCACGCCAAGCGUGUUACAGUCAUGCAGAAAGAUAUCCAACUGGCCAGGCGCAUUCGUGGACCCUGGGGAGGUCUGGGUUGAAGAAGAAUGGCUCUUUCGAUAUACCCCGUAUAAUCUAUCGCAAUCCUAAUGUAAAUAGAACUUGAAAUGUUGAGAUGUUAAAUGUG